UUUCCUCUUGAAAAAAAAGAUUUUUUUUUACCAAAUUAGCUUCUCUUUUUAUAGAUCUACUAUGUUUUCGAUCAAUAGAUACAAUGGAGAGAACGAAGAAGAUACCCGUACGCUUGAGAAGAAACAAGAAAGACUUAACAAACUCAACAACAAACUCGCAAGUAAAAAAAGAAAAGAUAGUUCUCAAGUAGAAGAAAACGAUCAUAAAAAGAUCAAAGCAGAUCCAUUAAAGAAAAAUAGAAAGAAAGAGCCAGAAGUAGAAGAAAAAGCAACUGAUGAAAAUGAGCAAGAGCAAGAGCAUCAGCCAUCAGAACAAGAAGAGGAAGAAGAAAGUCAAGAACAAAGUAGUCCUGUUGAAGAAGCGAUGGAUAUGGAUCCAGUAGAACAAGAUAAUGUGCCUACACUCGAAGCAUUUCCAGAGAUGGUUGGACCCAAGACAAAACGAAGUAAAGAAGAAAAGAAGUUGCUCAGGAGCAUGGGUAUUCCUGAGUGGAUGUUGCAGCCUACUGUCGUAUCACCCAAAGAUUCAUGCGGAUUAGAUCAAGUAGGUCUCUCUUCUCAUUUGGUUCAGCGAUGUCAAGAUUUAGGUCUUUCUUCUUUAUUUGCAGUUCAAAUGGCUGUGAUACCUGUCUUUCUCAGAAGACAGGCAUUGUAUGAUACAAGAAGAGUGCCCGGAGAUCUUUGUAUUUCAGCACCUACAGGUAGUGGUAAAACAAUGGCUUAUGUCUUGCCCAUUGUUGAUAUCUUGUCUAAGCGAGUGGUGACUCGUCUUAGAGCUGUGAUUGUGUUGCCCACACGUGAUUUAGUGACUCAAGUAAAAGAGACAUUUGAUGCCUUUGUGAAAGGUACAAACUUGGUUGUAGCAGCUGCAUCUGGUCAGCAGUCUUUUGCACAUGAACAACAUGUAUUAGUUGGAUCGAAUGAACAAAGUUUAGAUGGUGGUAAAAGCAGAGUGGACAUUUUGAUUACAACUCCUGGUCGUUUAAUGGACCAUUUGACUUUGACACCUAAUUUUACACUCCAACAUCUCCGGUUCUUAGUAAUUGAUGAAGCAGAUCGUCUUUUAAAUCAAAGUUACAAUGACUGGUUGAAUCAAAUAUUAUUAGCUACUCGCCCUGAGGCUCAUUUGAAUGCUCCUUCCUUGGAUUUCAAACACGACAAAUACGGUGUGACAGAAUCAGAUGCCAUUGCUCCUAGUUUCCUCAAGACAUGUUAUAGCUUACCUUCUACAGAACUUGACUUACCCAAAGUACCUUCUAUUCAAAAACUACUAUUUUCUGCUACAUUAACAAAAAACCCUGCUAAAAUUGCAGGAUUGCAUCUCAAUGAUCCCGAAUAUAUUUCUGUUCAAAAUGAAGAUGGUAGUGACAUGAAGCAAGAAUACACAACACCUGAAGGUCUUAAGGAAUACAUGACCAUUUGUCCUACCGAGAAGAAGCCACUCAUGGUGAUUUAUUUACUUCAUCAGUUGGGUAUCAAGUCAGGUUUAUGUUUUACGAAAUCUGUCGAGUCCACACAGCGACUCUAUAUGCUGAUUGAAGCCUAUGAAGCCACACAACCUGAAGAGAAACGUAUUCGUGUGAAGGAAUACUCAAGUGAAUUAAGACCUGUACAGAGAAAACAACUUCUUAAGCAAUUCAAAGGCGGCCAAAUUGAUUUGUUGAUUUGCUCGGAUUUGAUUGGCCGUGGUAUUGAUUUGGAUUCCGUUCAGUUUGUGAUCAGUUAUGAUGUACCCUAUUACAUGGAUAAAUACAUUCAUCGUGUGGGCCGUACUGCACGUGCAGGACGUGAAGGCGAAGCAUACACUUUAGUAGAGAAACAAGAAGCUCGACACUUUAAGGAAAUAUUGCGUCAUGCGGGACAUUUAAGCCAAAUCAAGACACUUGACAUAGAAAAAGCCAAAUUAAAAGAAUUGGUACCUGAUUAUGAAAAAGCCAUGGCUAAUCUUACGGAAUAAAUAAUAAUUUGAUAGAUAAAAGAAAAAAUUUCCUUUUCUUUCUUGUACCCUUUUUCUUUUUCUUUUUUUU